AUGAAAUUUGCAAUCUGUCUUUUAGUACUGGUUGGCUGUGCCGUCAGCUACGGGACCAUGGGUAUGGUCGGGGGAUGGAGUAGGGCUGACCAUGAGAGUGAACACAUCAAAAAGGUGGCUGAAAAGAUCCUUUUACUUUUUGAUGAUUUGAACACCUCUGGCUUGGCUCAAAGACUUCAUUCUGUUAAAUCUGCUGAAACUCAGGUCGUUUCUGGAAUGAACUACAAAAUAAAAAUGGAUGUUGGCCUGUUGGAUUGCACUGAAGCGCAGGCAGUCACCAAUGCAAACUGCAAAAUUACUAAGGUUGGGGAGUGUAAAUUCGUCUAUUACGAACAGUCAUGGACAGGCACUGAAGAAAUCACCUCACAUGAAUGCGGUGAAUUUGUGGCUGUGUAG